GAAGAGACGGAUCCAAAAAAAAACAACAAAAAAACAAACAAAAUGGAAAUACUUGCCAGCUUUUUGAAUCCAUCUCAAUUGGGGCAGAUCAGGGAAGUCACCAAGAGUGUCUCGCUGGAAGAUGUGGCUGAAGUGGCCACUACCGGUUUCCGUUCCAUGGGCACGACUCGAGAAGAUUCACUCGUCUUUGUACUCGGUUUGCUCAAUCUAGGCACGGUAUUGUGCUACGCCGUUUACUCGCAACUCUUCAAACCCGAUCGGCGCGGCUCUUCCGCCCUGGAUGAGAACCACUUUGUCAUGAAAAAGAUCCAGACGAUCCUCGACGAGCUUGUCCUCCAUGUUCACACGACCACCUACUAUCGCAGCUCUUUGGAAAGGACCCAAGACCUGGCCUCAAAACGAGACUCGAACUUCCGACCUCGAUCUUCCGACUCAUCAUCCAUCCGUAGUCUUUUCACGAUUUUCGACCUGCCGGAAUCUUUGAUUUACAGUGAAAAAGAGCCUCCGGCUGUCUCGCAAUUCUCGUCCAGACGAUCGUCGGAUGAUUACGACAACUACUUGCAACGAGAAGCCAAGAAAAUGAUUCAAGAGUGGCUGUCAUUUUUGGUCCAGUCAACUCCGAUCCCUUUCCUCAGCCGGACGAAACGUCACACGCUGAUGUCAUUCCCGAACAGGUAUCGACGCAACACGACGGCUGGACACCGUCGGUGGUCCAUCAGGAAACGCAUUGGCAGGCCGUCAACAUCAGCGCCAUCGACGUUGAAACCGGUGACUCGCGCUGUUGCGAAAACGUCAACAACUGCCGAACCGCAUCCGGAGUGGACAUUGAAUCAGGAGGCAAUGUCUCAGCUACGCCGACCGCAGAUGAAACGGCUGGUUGCGGCCGCAACUGGUGCGGAAGCAGAUGGCCGAGUCCUGGCGGCUGCGCAAGCUGCCGUUGCCGUGGCCAGUUCUUCCAGUGAACCGGACGUGCCUCAUCCAGCCCACCAAGACGUUCCCGUUCUUCCUGUCCACACACUUUUCCCACACGAGACCGUUAGGGAGAGAGGCGCCGGUAGCAGCCAUUCGAAGAGCGAUCGGUCCAGUAGCAGCCGCAGUGGUAUGCGAAUCGAAAACGGACCGACGGAGAAACCGGAAGAAAAAUCGAAGGAGGAAGCAGUGCCGACUCCGGAGCCCAAACCGCAAUCUGAGCCGAGGCAUAUUCCUUCCGAAUUUCGUCAGCAAAUGUAUAACAGGCAUCCGGCCGAACAAUUGGAGUCGCCGUAUGAUCUCGAAGACUCGGAAUCGAUCGCUGAACCGGCCGAAGAGGAGAGUCUCAUCGUCCGACUGAUGCAUUUGAUCCAGCAAACAACCCCGCUGGCCAUGGACGUGUUAGACGUCUACAAGUCGAGGUCCGUUGGUCAACAGGGGACCCAAUCAACGGAGCCUAAAUGCCUUGAACGGCUCUUGUGUCAGCUCAAUCAGGACUGGAAGACCAGAGGUUCCGUUCCAGCAGCCAUGGCCCCAUUCCUCAGUAUCGCUAUGGGUUGGUUGCUGAAUCGGUCUACUACUCCGAAUCUUUCGCACAUUUUGAUGGCCGUUCGUGCUGGUUGGAUAGGCAAGCAAUGCGUGAGUCUCUACCCUCGUUGCGCUAAUCCCGGACGCCCUCAAUGGACCGUGACCCCAUUACAUGACGACUCGUUGAACUUGCCAAGUAUCGGACAGCCGCCCGUCAAAGUCCGCCCACCUCUCGAUUUCUUCGCCUUCACGCCCACGCCUUCAACGACCACCUUCGAGAGCACAAUGCGACCAGUUUCCUCCUCGUUGCGAACGGUUCCAUCUCCCAAUGCCAAAGUACCUAACCCGGCCGAACCGGUUGGCUUGCGUACUACGACAACAUCAACGACGGCCACCAAGAAAACCUCCCCUUCGACGGAUUGGGACCGUGAAAGCGACCAAAGUGACACCAGCAACCCGGACUAUGGACUCUGGGGCCAGCACUCGAUAGAAUUGGGCGAGGAAGAACAGACCACGUCCACCCUGAUCGGGACUUCGUUGCAAGUGGAUCGAAAUGGAAUGUCUGGUGCAGCCUCCAGCAGCGGAACGGACAGUUUGAAACCGUGGGGCAAACCCAGCCGGUUCUCGGGCACGGACGAUCUCGAGCUCAGCGACAUUGUUCGCGGAGUUUACUCGAGUACGACAGAAAAGGAUCUUCAUUUGGAUGAAGAGGAGGAUGAGGAGUAUGAUGUUGAUGAGGAGGAAGAAGAGGAGGAAGAAGAGGAAGAAGAGAACGUAGAGGAACCAUUGCCGUCAACCAAGAAGCCAGCAGUUCACUACCCGGAAGAUAGUAUCCUUCACGAUUUGAACAAAAAUCAUUUCACUGAUAAAACUACAGUAGCGACUCCUGUCAAGGCCAAAGACACUUAUGAAGAGUUCCAAAAGAAAAAGACGCAUCGGCUUGAAAUGGUCCCAACCAGAGGUCUAGUUCAUCCGUGGUUAUCGGAGCCUGUUUGGGUACCAGAAAACGCCUGGCCGCCGAAGACGGCCGACAACCAUCCCCGACCUGAAGAGGAAAAUGAAGAGAAUGGUGACCGGCAUCGUGAUCGGGUAUCGUUUGGUCACGAGGAUGCCGUAAAAGAUGUCCGAUUAUUUGACUUUGCAAUGCAAUAUCUUCGUGACCGGUCGGCAUAAUGAAGCUGCGGAUGUUAAAAAAGACUCACUGUGCAUUAUUUAUUUUGAAAGUGUCAUGAACAACGAUGAAAAAUUGUGACAUUUUUACCAUUGGGUUGUGAGUUUAUGGUAAAAACUACUGUGGAAUGGUGAAGGGACCCACGCUUGCACUUCUUAGACAUUUCCUCCUCAUUCCUUGUGCUUUGUGAAUCAAUUUUCACGCCCACAGUCUUAUUUUCCAGACGAAAAAGUCCUUUGUUAUAUUGUUAUUGAAAUGUUGAAUAUCUAACGCCUAUCGUUCAUCAGACAUAUGUGUGUGUGAUU